UCUAAACUAAAACUGUUUUCUUAAAUAAACCGGUACACCUCUGUUUUACCUUUUUUUAUCCUCCAGUACAAGUUUUUUUAAUACACUUAUCAGCUAACGGCUAAAUCUUUAUUCAGCAUAAAUCAUAUCUUACGUCUAUAUGGUUCGAAUCUUCUGAUGUACACUAAAAACGUUUCUCAUAUUUCUGGAUGGAAAAUUGUAAAGGUACAUUUACAUUUGCGCACUUCUGCCAAGGAAGUUGUACCAUAUGCAAGGUCCUUGCCAUGAGGGAAGCCCCAAUCAAUGUAGUGGGCCCCAAAGACACCAGCAAAAUAGUGCAGCUACAGAAAAAUAUGAAGCAGGCACGCUUCCCUAAAGUCACAAGGGCAAGUUUGUCCGCUGAAUGUUUCAAUCUAUCGCCACUGGUCCACGAGAGAGUCGCUCAUGGCCAAAGGACGAAUAGGAGGCGGGUGGUGAGACCACCGCGUGCAAGAUUAUGUGCUGUUUGUGAAUCUACCGUUCAGCCAAGAGACAUGAAAAAAGCCGUUUGCGGUGAUGUUUUCCAUGCUUUCUGCUUUACUGAAUGGAAAAAGCAGCAUAAAAAAUGUCCACAGUGUAGAGCUAGAAUAUAAUUUGAGUAUAAGCCAUUUAAUGCCUAGAAAAAUAUUUAUAUACCAGAUACAAGUUAUUUUUUCUUAGACAUUUGUGAAGAUUAUUUACUUUGGUUCUAUUUUUAGUCGUAUUUAAGUAGGAAAAAGUUACAAUCAAUAAUAAAAAUAAAAUGCGCAUUUUUUAGAUACUUAUAUAUUUUGAUAUUUCAUGCUUUUUUCGUAAUGUUAUUAUGGGUUAAGGUUAUUUACAAAUCAAUAAAUUAUUUAAUGUUGCAGUUGUAUUUCCUUCAGUUAUACCC